AUGGAUUCAAAACCUUAUGCCCGUCUUUCUGCAACACAAGGGACACCAGGUAAGCUCGCUCUUUUGAGCUCAUCUUCACUCGCAGGUUCUCUUCCUAUCCGAGCUCCUCCUACUCCUGAUUCUGAUUCUGACUCUGAUUCUGAAUUCAACGGUCAUGAUUUGGGUUAUAGCAGUAGUUGUAAUAUUAGCAGUAUUGGUUGUGAGAGUGGGUCUGAAUCUGAGGCCUUUGUGACUGGGGAGGAGUUUGAAACGGUGUCGGAGAGGCCAUUGGUGGCAGACCCAGAGGAGGAAGCUCUUGAACAGAGUGACUCUGUUGAAAAAUAUGAGCUUUCUUGGCCUUCUGUGGCCUACCCAGAUGAGUUUGAACCUGUUUUCGAGAAAGUUAUGGUGGAUGAUGCAAUUUCACAGAGGGUUAUGCCCAUUGCACAGUUGUCAUGGGAGAGUGAUGAUAAUGAUGUGGUAGGUAGUGAAGAGGUUUUGAGUGAAGUGGAAAAUGGUGAUUUUUUGGGUCAGGUUAAGGUUCCUGGUAAUGGGUUUGUGGAGAAGCUUAGUAUUGCACCAAGAGUUAAGGUUUCUGAGGUUAAAGAAGGAGAAGAAGAUGAGACAGUGAAGUGGGAAGAGCCUUUGGUAGUUGAACAAUCUGAACCUGCCAUAGAGGUAAAGAAUGUUGAAGGUGUUGAGGGUGAUUUGAAUAAUUUUGGCAAAGGUCAAAAUGGAGAUUCCGUUCAAGCUGAAUGGAUUGAAGAUAAUGGUCUUGCUAUGACAGAGACAAAUGAAGCAAAUGCUGGGGAGUUGAGCAUUAAUGUAUUUGAAGAAGAGGAGAAAGCAAAGUAUGUGGCAGAAGAAUCCUUUGUGCAUUGCCCAAAUAGCGAAAGGAAUGGCGUUGAUUUAGGCGUCGAGUGGAGCGAAAAUCAGACUUUGUUUUUGGAAAAUUGUGAUUUAUCUGAGCUUACUAAGGAUGAGGAAUUUGAAAAUGCACUAUGUAUUGAUUUGCUUAAAUCAAUCACGCUGAACUCACUAUCUGUUACUCUCUUAUGCAAGAAUGUGGCAGAAAAUGCUGGUGCUGUGAAAUUUCAAGGCGAUACAGUAUAUGGAGCCAAAGUGGAAGUAUCUCUCAAGGAGAAGGAUAUCCCUGCAGAGAAAGAACAAACCAGCUUGGUUCUGCUUGGGGAAAAUAUUAGUAUCACACCUGGAGUUAUGGUAGUUGAAGAAGGAGAAGAAUACGGGCCAGUGCUGCGGAAAGAGUCCUUGGUCAUUAAACAGUCUGAACCUUCCAUAGAGUUAAACUGUGUAGAGUGUUCAGACUUUAAAGGCCAAAACGGGGAUUCUAUUCAAGCUGAAAUGAUUGAAGAUAAUGAUCUUGCUGCUGCAGAGAUCAAUGACAACUUUAAUGUAUGGGAAGGAGGGGAGAAAGCCGAGUAUGUGGCAGAAGAAUCCUUUGUGCAUUGUCCAAAUAACAAAAGGGAUGGUGUUGAUACUAGCAGAAGUUUUGAGGCACUGGAAAAAGGAAUGCAUUCGGGAACUGAUUUUGGUGUUGAGAAGAAUGAAAAUCAAAUUCAGGAAAUCAUGUAUUUGGGUAAUGGUGAUUUGUCUGAAGCUACUGACCUUGAUAGAUUUGAAUAUGCACUGUGUUGUGAUUUCCUUAAAUUGAUCACACCAAGUUCCAAUGUGACACACAAACACAUUUUUAGGGGUCAAACCGAAGUAAGAAAUUUCAACAUAGAUGGAACAGCUGCUAGUUUAACUGUAACCCUUUCAGAUGAGAAUGUGGUCACCGGACUAAAGAUUGAGGAUCAAAUGACUAUUGGGAAGCACUUGGUUUUGGCUGGAAGUGCUGGAGCUCUUCAGUUUGAAGGUGAAACAGCACAUGGAGCCAAAUUGGAAGUGCGUCUCAAGAAUAAGGAUUGCCCUAAAAGGCAGGACCAAACUGGCUUGGGUUUGUCUCUGAUGAAGUGGGGAGGUGGUCUUGUUCUAACAGCCGAUAUACUAUCUCUGUUCUCUGUUGGAGGUUCUAAAAUGGCUGUUCAUGUUGUAUUGAACAACAAGCAAAGGGGUCAGAUUGCCAUAAGGACAAGCAACUCGGACAAAUUCCAAAGUGCACUUGUCGGUAUUCUUUCAUUUGCAGCUUCAAUCUUUGGGAUUUUCCGUCCUAGAUUUGGUGUUCAAAACUCGACAUAA